AUGGCCAGAACUAAGCAGACAGCCCGUAAGUCGACCGGAGGCAAGGCUCCCCGCAAGCAGCUAGCCACCAAAGCUGCUAGAAAGAGCGCCCCAGCUACCGGGGGAGUGAAAAAGCCUCACCGUUACCGUCCAGGAACUGUGGCUCUCAGGGAGAUCCGCCGUUAUCAGAAGUCCACCGAGCUGCUCAUCCGCAAGCUGCCCUUCCAGCGCCUUGUCCGUGAGAUCGCUCAGGAUUUCAAGACUGAUCUGCGCUUCCAGAGCUCUGCUGUCAUGGCUCUGCAAGAGGCUAGCGAGGCUUACCUGGUUGGUCUUUUUGAGGAUACCAACUUGUGCGCCAUCCACGCUAAGAGGGUCACAAUCAUGCCCAAAGACAUCCAGCUGGCUCGUAGGAUCCGAGGCGAACAAGGCGGCUCCAAAUCCUCCGAUGGUUCAAAAAUGCGGUCUACAAAUACAGUGUUUAGCAACCUUUCCCGUCUAGAUGUUUGGGAGCAGCCUCUACUACUAUCUCCUUCUCGGUGUAUCUAUGUAGAUAGCAGGCAAUUUAUCAGCCUUUGCAGGACUCUUUGCGGCUUUGGGUUUGGCUGCCUUUUUGGCAGGGCUCUUCACGGUCUUCUUAGCCGGGCUUUUCACUACCUUCUUGGGCUUGGCGGCUUUGACUUUCUUCGGACUUUUGGUGGCCUUUUUAGCGGAGGCGGCCGGCUUUUUGGCCUUUUUCGGGCUCUUUGCAGCUACCUUCUUAGGUUUGGCUGGAGACUUGGUGGCUUUCUUCGGGGCAGGCUUCUUGACUUUAGCCGGUGCCUUUUUCUUGGUAGCCUUGUCCUUGCUCUCCGCCUGCUUUUUGUUGAGCUUGAAGGAGCCGGAAGCUCCGCUUCCUUUGACCUGGACGAGAGUGCUUUUAGUCACCAAGCCCUUGAGAGCCAGCUUGAGGCGGCUGUUAUUCUUUUCCACAUCAUAACCAGAAGCAGCCAAAGCCUUCUUCAGAGCUGCCAGGGACACCCCGCUGCGCUCUUUAGAAGCGGACACAGCUUUGACAAUGAGCUCGGACACGCUAGGACCGGAGGGCUUAGCGGCUUUCUUGACACCGGCUGCUUUCUUGGGCUGCUUCUUCUUGGAGGCGCUUUCUACCGCAGGCUACAGCGAGCAGCGUUCAUUCCCUUUCGUUUUGCUACAAUGGCCAGAACUAAGCAGACAGCCCGUAAGUCGACCGGAGGCAAGGCUCCCCGCAAGCAGCUAGCCACCAAAGCUGCUAGAAAGAGCGCCCCAGCUACCGGGGGAGUGAAAAAGCCUCACCGUUACCGUCCAGGAACUGUGGCUCUCAGGGAGAUCCGCCGUUAUCAGAAGUCCACCGAGCUGCUCAUCCGCAAGCUGCCCUUCCAGCGCCUUGUCCGUGAGAUCGCUCAGGAUUUCAAGACUGAUCUGCGCUUCCAGAGCUCUGCUGUCAUGGCUCUGCAAGAGGCUAGCGAGGCUUACCUGGUUGGUCUUUUUGAGGAUACCAACUUGUGCGCCAUCCACGCUAAGAGGGUCACAAUCAUGCCCAAAGACAUCCAGCUGGCUCGUAGGAUCCGAGGCGAACGUGCUUAAGUUGAAACCUGCUAACACAAAACA